UAUUGUGUUAUUUGAAAACUGCGGUUGUGUCAAGCUGCUCUCCAGAUGUUGCAGCUGCUGUCGCUGACCUCGGUGCUGAACACGACGUCAGAUGAACCUGCGCUCACCACAGGAGACACGAUCCAGCCUCACUCCCUCUUUGAUUUACUGAAGCCGCUCCAAACACCCACCUCUGCUUUCUGAACUUUGACUUCUUCCUUUUUAUUAUUAUUAUUAUUAUUAUUAUUCGUAGUCGUAUUCCAUUCAUUAUCUCUCUCCUCCUCCCCCCCCUCGCUUCUUUUUUUUCUCCCCCCCUUCCUCUAUCGCGAACGCAGAUCCUAGUUUUUCUUCGUGAUGGCUCUUGGCGCGGCUGCUGCACGCGAGGCAGGGGACGAGCUGGUGGCGGACGAAGGCGCGCAGCUCGUUUGAUUCCGCGUCUUUGCGCGAAGGAGGUCGUCCGCGCUCACUCGACAGCUCGCGUCCUCGGACCGUCGCCUCCCCGGGCUCAGCGUCUCUCUCGCAACUUAAGUCGUUAAGUCGUUUUCCCUCGUAGCCGCUGCAGUCGGCCAUCCUGCGCUGUGUACCAUGACGCGUGAGCAGUAAAAAAAAAAUUAAAAAUUAACAAAAAUAAAAAGAAAGAAAGAAAAAACAUUUGAGAAAACGGGCCUAACACACGCACACAGACAGAACAUUGGAUAUGGAGUCGGUGAAGACGAGAGCCGCGGCGGGGGUGAAGGAAUUUGCGGGGAAGACCUUGGGUCAUAUGUACAGGGUGGUAGAGAGGAGGCAGAAAACCGGGGAGGUGAUCGAGCUGACGGAGGAUGGGCGGCCACGGGAGGCCGCGGAGAAGAAACCCCCGCUGUGCGACUGCUACUGCUUCGGCUUGCCCCGCCGCUACAUCAUCGCCAUCAUGAGCGGCCUGGGCUUCUGCAUCUCCUUCGGUAUCAGAUGUAACCUGGGCGUGGCCAUAGUGGGCAUGGUGAACAACAGCACCAUCCACCAGAACGGCAAGAUCAUCAUCAAAGAGAAAGCCAAGUUCAACUGGGAUCCAGAGACGGUGGGGAUGAUUCACGGAUCUUUUUUCUGGGGCUACAUCGUGACACAAAUCCCGGGAGGAUACAUAUCCUCCAGGCUGGCAGCAAACAGGGUAUUUGGUGCAGCCAUUGUCCUCACUUCGAUUUUCAACAUGUUCAUUCCGUCGGCUGCCCGGGUCCAUUACGGGUGUGUCAUUUUUGUCAGGAUAUUACAAGGGCUGGUGGAGGGAGUGACCUACCCGGCCUGUCACGGUAUCUGGAGUAAGUGGGCCCCGCCGCUAGAAAGGAGUCGCCUGGCCACCCUGUCAUUCUGCGGCUCGUACGCUGGCGCUGUGAUAGCGAUGCCUCUGGCUGGGAUCCUGGUUCAGUAUUCGGGAUGGUCUUCGGUGUUCUAUGUCUACGGAUGCUUUGGCAUCUUCUGGUACAUGUUCUGGGUCUUAGUGUCCUACGAGAGCCCCGCCGUGCAUCCCACCAUCACCGACGAGGAACGCUGCUACAUCGAGGAGAGCAUCGGAGAAAGUGCCAAGCUAAUGGGUCCAGCAGAGAAAUUCAAGACCCCCUGGAGGAAGUUCUUCACCUCGAUGCCCGUCUAUGCAAUCAUUGUGGCCAACUUCUGCAGGAGCUGGACAUUUUACCUGCUGCUGAUCAGCCAGCCUGCGUACUUUGAGGAAGUGUUUGGCUUCGAGAUAAGCAAGGUUGGCAUACUGUCUGCCCUCCCCCACCUGGUGAUGACCAUCAUUGUGCCCAUUGGCGGCCAGCUGGCCGACUACCUGCGCAGCAAGAACAUCCUGACAACUACCACUGUCAGGAAAAUCAUGAACUGUGGAGGGUUUGGCAUGGAGGCCACGUUGCUGCUGGUGGUCGGAUAUUCCCACAGCAAAGGGGUGGCGAUCUCGUUCCUGGUGCUGGCUGUGGGCUUCAGUGGAUUUGCUAUAUCAGGCUUUAACGUCAAUCAUCUGGACAUUGCUCCACGUUAUGCCAGUAUACUGAUGGGCAUCUCUAACGGCGUGGGCACCCUGUCUGGGAUGGUGUGUCCACUGAUUGUUGGUGCUAUGACAAAGAACAAGACCCGAGAGGAGUGGCAGUAUGUGUUCCUGAUUGCCUCCAUGGUGCAUUACGGCGGCGUCAUCUUCUACGGGAUCUUCGCGUCGGGAGAAAAACAGCCGUGGGCCGACCCGGAGCUGACCAGCGAGGAGAAGUGCGGCUUCAUCGACGAGGACGAGCUGGCGGAAGAGACGGGCGACAUCACCCAGAGCUACGGCGCCUUCGCCGGCCCGGCCAAGACGUACGGCGCGACCACGCAGGUUAACGGAGGCUGGGCCACCGGCUGGGAGAAGACAGAGGAGUACGUCCAGGAGGAGGCACAGGAAGGAGGCUACGGAUACAGGCAGGAUGAGGGAUACUCCUAGACCAAACGCACAUUCACCUGCCAUGAGUAGACUUAUUUUCCCGAGUGUGCAUCAGUUUUAGUCAUGAAAAUAUCAGCAAAGAAGAAAAGCUACAAUCCAUUGUUGUAUUGUUUGCACAGAUUCUAAAAGAAAAAUCUAAAAAACUUAAAUGUGAGAACUACUAAAAUACAUAUAUAUUAAAAAAAAAACACAUAACUGAUUAAUAGAGAUGUAUCACAUAUCAAAUUGGCAGUCUGUAAAUGUAUUAUUAUGCAUAUUGAUAAUAGAUAUAUUUAUUUGGAGUGCAAUCGUGUGUAAACGUGAACAUUUUCAUCCCAUCAGCCGAGGCUUCCUGACCAAACCGAGGCCUGUAGGGCGACACAGAAACCGUCCAUCAGAACUAUCUAUUAAAUCAGCGGUUACAGUACAGCGUCCUACAAAGCCAGCCAUCUCAGUGUAUCAAUGUGUCACUGCACAGCAUUGUAAACACAAACUAGACACUCCGUUGAUGUAGAUCGUACUGUAUCCCUCCUGAGCGCACUCAGACUAGUGUGUCCUUUUAAUGCACAAUGUGGUUAUUUCUUUUGUUUUUUUCCUCACCGCACCGGCUUCUCUGUGUGUCCUGAACAUGUAAGUGGCCUGAUGUAGAGGUUUGAUGAGCGGCGUAAUGGCUUAUGAUGAGUGUCUGGUUACACAUGCUUCCUGUUGUCCCCUGUGUAGCUCUUGCUGAGCAUUAGUCGCUUGUUUGUUUGUUCGUUUUUUUGUUUUUUGCACUUGAAGCCCAACACAUCUCGGCAGUUUAGUGCAGAAGUGCUCUUUAUUAAGACCAAGACACUAGUUAGUACCAAUGCAUUCUUGAAUUAAACAUAUAUGACUGACAUAUGAUAUAGUAAAUAUGCUUUAUAAAUUAAAUUUAGUCUGUCAGAUUCAUGGUCUUAAACAGGGAUGUCCCGUUUGGUAUCAGGGGUCGAUCAAGGCAUUUCUAAAAUAAUUGGAUCAGAAUUCAGCGUCAAAGCUGCCAAAAAUCAUAAAAGAAGUGGAAACAAAGUCCUGUGACUAUGUGUCUGCUGUGUGGGAGAACUUUACUCUGGAAAAUCAAGUGAGUCAGACAGAAAUUUGUAAAUUAUGCGAUGUGGAUGUUCGGGGACGGGGUAGUCCAUGGCUGUUGUCCAAUAGUAUUAGAGUAAUAGAGUGCAUUUAAAAGCAAAGUUCCAGAGGAGGUUAGGAAGUUUCUAGCGUUGGAUGACCAGAACAUUUCUGGAGUAAAAAACACAGGUUUUCUGGAGCCAAGGUACAAGCUCCCCUCUCCACACUACAUUAACAGAAAUAUUUAUUGGACUGAAUUCAGUCGCAUCUAGGAGAAGGACAAGAAAGACUUCAGGAACGUACAGAAGAUUGGAACUGUUGGUACUGAAUAUUAAAAGAUAUUAAAAGAUCGGUAUCAGAUCGGGACAUCCCUAGUCUGAAAUGACCUUCUGAAGGUUUUGUGCAAUGCAAAGACUUUGAAGAAAUAACCAAAAAUCAGUUAUUACAAAGCAUCAAAUGUAAUUUUUAAUGAGAGAUAAAGGAAGAAGAUUUAAUACAGAGCGAAAUUAUUAUUUAUAAGAUCAAAGUGAGGAUAUUUCAAUGCAUAUUAACGGAUGUAAGUCAAGGUUAACUGCCCUGAGAAUGAAGCAUUCCUCUAAAGCACAGACCGUUCAAUCAAUCUGCUUCAUCAGGACAGUGCGGCUUGAGCAGCAGCAGCAGUAGCAACGUGUCAAUGUAAUUAUGCCGCACAUUUAAAGCUGACCUUAAAGACGUGACCAAAACAAAGGCGAUGCGAGCAAACGUGGUUCUGCAUAGUGUCGUUAAAAGGCAGCGGUUUAGGUUAUAAAUUGAAAAUGAGACAAAGGCUGGAAGAAAAAGAAGAAGAAGCAGCAAAACUAAACUGAAGAGAGAGUUUCAUGUCAUCAUGUCAGUUGUGAUGUUAGUAUCGAAUCGCAGUUCAGAGUUGAAGACCAAAAAUGCAAAGCUUGCAACGACAGGUGCCGCUCACGCAGGACUGAUUCUCCGUCUUCGCGAGCUGCUGAAGAAAUAUUUGAUUACGUCAGAACCUAUUUGGACAAAAGGAGUUUCCAUCUCCUAAUUUAAAGACAUGCAAAAACUUUCUGUAAUUAGAUAUUUUUUUUUCUACAAAUGUGUCGUUUCCAUGAACUGCGUCUAAUGCAACACAUCUAAUGUGCAUGAAUAUGUUAUGCAAAGCGGUAAAUUAGUCGAGUCGACUGAAUGUCGUCGCGCUCUGAUUUGAGUGUUGUCAAUUGGUUCCUUUUCCAGCCGAGCCUCGCUCACCUCAAAGGAAGCAAAGAAAUCAGUCGCGUCGUAUUUCACAGAGAUGGAAACACUCAGUGCGUUUACAUGCACAGCUUAAUGGAGCUAUACUCGAACUUUGACUUUCUGAAUGUGGUCCUUGUCCCAGUUUACAUGCAGCGGAGAAAAUCGAAUAACUGACGGGACCAUGUCCUCCUCCUCCACGCUAGGUGGCGAUAUGUGUCUUUUCAGCGGGUUAAUACCGUGUUAAUAUGGCCCCCGUUCCUGCUGACCUUUACGUCAUAUAUAUAUAUAAAAAAAAAGAGUCAUUCAUGCAGCAGACCAGCAUUUCAAACAAGAAUAAGAUGGAUAACAGUUCAGCUUUUUAAUCUGGUGCUACUUUUGGUGCAGAUAAGAUGUGCG